UGCUAUCUACUUCUGUUAAAGAUUCAAAAGAUAUUUUCAUUGUUAAAUCAAUAUAAUUUAGCAAAUUCUGAAGCAUCAUCUCUUCUGCAGUAGAUUCUUUCCCAGAAAGAUGGAUACAAAAAAGAAAAGGAUUUGUGUUAUUGGUGGCGGUUCCAGUGGCCUAGCCGCCAUUAAAUGCUGCCUAGAAGAAAAUCUGGAUGUCGUGUGUUACGAAAAGGGUGAAAGUUUUGGAGGUCUUUGGAGAUAUCAUUCAGAUGAUGUGGAUGGCAAGCCUUCAGUUAUGAAAUCAACUGUUAUAAAUACAAGUAAAGAAAUGAGUGCAUUCAGUGACUUUCCGCCACCCGAAGAAUUUGCUAAUUUCAUGCAUAAUUCUUCAAUGGUGGAAUAUUUUAGAUUAUAUGCUGAAAAAUUUAAUCUUUUGAAAUACAUCAAAUACAAACACGAGAUAGUUCAAUUAGAAAAGGCAGAAGAUUAUGAAACGACUGGUAGGUGGAAAGCUACUAUAAAAAAUCUCGAUGAUGAUGUUGAAUUUUGUGAAAUUUUUGAUGGCGUAAUGGUAUGUGUUGGGCAUCAUGUUUACCCAUAUAUUCCGAAGUAUGAAGGCUUAGACGAUUUUAGCGGCCAAGUGAUCCACACUCAUUCAUUGAAAUCAGCGGCAGGAUUUGAAGAUAAAACUGUGUUAGUUAUUGGAAUAGGAAAUUCAGCUGUAGAUGCUGCAGUAGAAAUUAGCAAAGUAUCCAAAAAGUUGUAUCUGAGCACUCGCCGAGGAAGUUGGAUAUUCCCGAGAUUAGGACCAAAUGGACUUCCUUGCGAUAUGUUUUUACAAAGGCGCAUCUUUGAAGUAAUUAGAUAUUAUGAUCCUAUCCAUAUUUCGGAGACUGUUUUACAGUUAUUUUUGAACUUCAAAUUCAGUCAUGACAGAUUUGGACUUAGGCCAAAACACAGAGUUUUGUCAGCUCAUAUUACAAUCAAUGACGCUUUACCUAACCACAUUUUAAGCGGAAUUGUUACUGUGAAACAGAAUGUUCAGAAAUUUACCAAGAAUGGGGUUAUAUUUGAAAACGAAGAAGAAUUAACGGAAAUUGAUACCAUUGUUCUUGCUACAGGAUAUGAAAUAAAGUUUCCAUUUUUACCUGAUGGUAUUCUACAGAUUAGCGAAACUAAUGUGAAUCUCUAUAAACUAGUUUUUCCAUUACAAUUAAAACAUCCAAGCCUGGCUUUCAUCGGUCUGAUUCAGCCACUGGGAGCGAUAUUUCCAAUAUCAGAAGCACAAAGUCGAUGGUUUGCUCAACUUAUGAAAGGUAAUGUGAAGCUUCCACCUCGACCUGAAAUGGAAAAAGAAAUUCAGAAAAGAAUGAAUGAGAAAAACCAACAGUUCGUACCUUCUCUGAGGCAUACAGUUGAAGUUAUUUGGAUUCCAUAUAUGGAUGAAAUCUGCUCUGAAUUCGGGGCGAAACCUAACUUUUGGAAAAUGGCAUAUGCUGACCCAAGAUUGUUCAUCGCAUGCAUGUUUGGGCCAUGUACGCCUUAUCAGUAUCGUUUAGAAGGACCUCAUUCGUGGGAAGGUGCUCGGGAUGCCAUCUUCUCGAUCUGGGAAAGAGCUGAAAAAGCUUUCAAAACUUUCAAGAGACCUUAAAACACAUUAGCAAUUGAAGUGAGUUUCAGAAAAGCUCAACAAAUUACAUAGAAUUUGAUUUGUAUGAGUUCAAAUACAAUUAAUGAGACAUAGAAAUGCGUCGAAUUGAAAUAAAUAUACAUUCGAGUUCU